UGAUCGAAGAAUGGGCAGAGAGUUGUAAGAGAUUAGGGUGUAUGUGAAAUUGUGCCACCACCACCCAUUGAAGAUGGGGUGUUUUUGGCUGCUCGAUUAGGAGAGGGCACCCUACGCCACCCACUUCAUAUUUCACCGAACCGCUCAGUUUUUUUUUUUCUUUGAUUGUUGUUAUUUUGUUGCUAUGUGAUGUUAAAUAACCUACACAUAUAUAAAGGUUCAUGCCUUUUUCUCUCCUCCUGAUAUCUUGAGACUGAUCCACAACUGCUCCUUUUGGCUGUCAGAUUUGUUUCCUUGAAGAACUAAAUUUGAAGGGCCACAAGAAAACCCAUCUCUGUAAGAUAUUCUAGAGUAGCAAGAUGAGGGGAGGUCUAUGGCAACUGGGGCAAUCAAUUACUCGCCGUCUUGCCCAGUCUGAUAAGAAGGCUGUGGGACGUCGAUUCUUUUCUGGGGAGUCUGAGCUCAAAAAAACUGUUCUAUAUGAUUUUCAUGUUGCUCAUGGUGGAAAGAUGGUUCCAUUUGCUGGAUGGAGCAUGCCUAUUCAAUACAAGGACUCAAUAAUGGAUUCCACUGUGAACUGUAGGCAGAAUGGUGGACUGUUUGAUGUCUCCCAUAUGUGUGGACUGAGCCUUAAGGGGAAGGAUUCUAUCCCUUUCCUUGAAUCACUUGUUAUUGCUGAUGUUGCUGGUCUUGCUCCUGGAACUGGAACACUUACUGUCUUUACCAAUGAAAAGGGUGGCGCCAUUGAUGACUCAGUGAUCACCAAGGUCACAGAUGACCACCUAUAUUUGGUUGUCAAUGCGGGCUGCAGGGACAAGGAUUUAGCUCACAUUGAGGAGCACAUGAAGGCCUUCAAGGCCAAAGGAGGCGACGUUUCUUGGCAUAUUCAUGAUGAGAGAUCUCUUCUAGCUCUCCAGGGCCCUCUUGCUGCACCAUCUCUUCAACAAUUGACUAAGGACGACUUGAGCAAGCUUUACUUUGGUGAGUUCCGCAUAUUGGAUAUCAAUGGAGCCCAUUGCUAUCUCACCAGGACAGGGUACACAGGUGAAGAUGGAUUUGAAAUAUCAGUGCCUUCAGAGCACGCUGUGGAUCUCGCCAAAGCAAUCUUGGAGAAAUCAGAGGGGAAGGUAAGAUUGACAGGACUGGGCGCUCGAGACAGUCUUCGGCUCGAGGCUGGCUUGUGUUUAUACGGCAAUGACAUGGAACAACAUAUAACACCAGUGGAAGCAGGAUUAACAUGGGCCAUAGGGAAAAGGAGGAGAGCAGAAGGGGGUUUUCUUGGUGCUGAGGUGAUUCUGAAACAACUUGAAGAGGGCCCAGCAAUAAGGCGUGUUGGGUUCUUCUCUUCAGGCCCUCCUGCAAGGAGCCACAGUGAGAUUCAGAAUGAGGAAGGAAAAAGCAUUGGAGAAGUCACCAGUGGAGGAUUUAGCCCAUGCCUGAAGAAGAACAUCGCUAUGGGUUAUGUGAAAUCUGGAUCUCACAAGGCUGGCACCAAAGUUAAGAUCAUUAUCAGAGGAAAGGCCUACGAUGGUGCUGUCACUAAAAUGCCAUUCGUUCCUACAAAAUACUACAAGCCAACAUAGUUCAUGUCUGCCAUGCUGUCCUGUCCUGUCCUGUCCUGUAAGAUUUUUCUGAUCCGACCCUUUUCUCCUGACCAAAUUCUGUAUUUCCUGGAUGUCAGAAGAAGUAUUGGGGUAUUUAUUUUCAAACUGCGCUAAUCAGAACUUGUUGAUCAUAAAAAUGUAAUCUUGCAUUUGAGCCAUUUACAUUU